AUGGACGAAGAUAGCAGUAGCCUUCAUAACAAUAUCGCCGCCCCUACCGCCUCCUUGAAUACUGUUGAUAGCUCCUUCGACAUGACUCCGUCUACCGAAAAGCCUAUCAAAAACAUUCAUCACGACAGCUUCUUUGAACUUGCACGUUUGAUGAAAGAGAAGAAACCGUAUACUGCCACUCCAAAUCUGACUCCACGCCUGUCGCCCCCUGCCAGACCAAACAGCUCGCAUUCUACAGACCGUGUUCUUGAUGCAGAUCGAUCUUUUUCCCGCUCGACGAAGUCCUUUACUGCGCCCGAGACUGUCGCUGAAUUUCUUGAGAAGCAAGAAAAUCAAGUGGGUGACAAAGUUGGUCUCGGCCGUGGAGACGAGAGUGCACGUUCGCACGAGGUGCAGUCAACUACAUCUUCGAGUAGUGACCUAGCGUAUCCCUCAGACAUCGAGCCGCUUCCACGUGUGGUAUCAGUUGAGUCACCAACAUCUAAUGAAUCUCUUCAAACACCUCGACUAGAGGAACACAUACCAAUGCUCGGACGCCACACUCUAGCUCCCGAGCAAAGCGACGAAGAAAUCCAAAGAACGGAGGACGAUGGUGGGUCGCAGUUAUGCAGGCUCAAAUACCAAAAUGAGGUUAACAAAGACCAAAAAGCAUCGAUGUGCCGACUCUUGGCUGAGAAGGAGAUGAGGAUCAAGACUCAACAGCUAGAUUUUGAUAGACUGGCUCGGAGAAUGACAGAAUUAGAGGCUGAGCUCAAGGACUUGGAAGAAGCGGCUAGGGAGCGUGAUUUUCUGCGCAGCACUGUCGCGAAACUAGCUCGUGAACGAGAUGAAGCCUUGCAAGCCGCUACCUGCGCGCAAGAUUACCAAACCCGCAUCCAAAAGCUUACCGAUCAUCUUGCGAGGUUCAAAGAAGCCAAUCUCGAGCUACGUCAAAAGCUUGUGGAAGAAGGCCUCAAUAAGAUUAAUCUGGGAGAAGAUAAUGAAGAUCUCCAAGCCAAACUUCGCGAGAAGACCAGUCUUUGUGACCGCCAACGCGACCAGCUGAAGACUGUCGAACGAGAACUUCGGAUCUCUGAGGAGCGUCUCAAUAAUACACAGAGUGGCCAGUUGUUACAGGGCGCUGCGCAUCUUGUCAGGCCGCACAUGCAUGCUGAGCUACCAAAGAGGGUGGUUGCAUGCUCCGAGUGCUACGCCAACAAUCUGGAGUGCGACAGUGAGGCGAGAUGCCGCAGCUGUACCGAACGUGACGUAUCGUGCGGGCGUUGGAGGUGCUCAAUGAAGCACAAGCUGGGUGAUUGUCCUCUUGCACCAUGCAAACUCUCACAUGACUCGCAGGGCUGGCUUAUCCUCCCAAAAGAGAGGCCUCAAUGGUGA